AUGUCAAAACUGCAACAUAUUUGGAUAAAAGGAAAAAGCAUCACCACCAAGAAAAAGAUACUAUCAAGUUUAGUAGAGCCAAUCUUCAUGUACAAUGCUGAGCUAUGGAACGUCACCACCACUCUAGAAAAGAAAAUAGCAGGCUUCCAACAUCGAAUUCUGAGAUGGAUGCUAGGAGUAAAAUGGCAAGAAAAGAAAAAGAACACAGAAAUUGACAAGAUUGCUGGUAUGACAUCAUGGGUGGACAAAAUCAAAGAAAAACGAAGAAGAUGGACGGGUCACAUGCUGAGACUAGAUGAUGAAACACCUCUAAAGAAGGCUUUAAGAGAAGCUAGAAGACCUGGAAGAGCCCAUAGGGGAAGAAAAAAGUACAUAUGGAUAACACAAACAAUGACCAAAGACUUUAAAGAUAUGCAGUUAGAUGGAUGGAAUGAAGCUGAAAGAGCGGUGCAGGAUCGAGUGUUGUGGCGAAGAACAGUCAAACGAAGCCUGAGAAACUAA